UUUCCAUGUGACACGGGUAAAGAUGACAAAAGAAGCCACACCCACCCUCCAAGCUUGACGCAAUAACAGAAAAAGGUGGAGAUUUGGCAAACGUGCUUUCGAAAGGGUCGGCGGAUUUCUUCCCUUUUUAUCACGACGAUCCCAACCCUUUCUAACCCUAAUCUCAAUCCCUUUAAAUUUCUUGUUUCUUCUCUCUCUCGAUUCAUCAUCCCUGGGGAAAUCCCAAUUGUGAAUGGUGGAAAUCUUUGGUAAUCGGUUGAUGAUCUCCCCCCUUUCCUCGAGGGGGAUCUCUUCUCUUUCCUCCGCUUUCUGUUUUGGAUCUUGCAAGGAGGGCUGGUACCACCGCUGCGUCGGCGUCGAUCCCUGAAACAGAUUCAAUUCUUCCGACCACCCUAGUCCGCCUUUCUUUUUUUAAUUAGAUUCAAUUUGCCUGAUUGUUUUGUUCCUUUUUCGGUACAAGAGGAAAACGAUUUUGUUUUUUUGAUUCGAAGAAAAGAUGUUGAUGUACAAGCAAAAGAAGAAUCCGGCCGGCAGAGGCGCCGCAAACCGUCUUCUGAUUAGCAUAACCGUCAUAGGAAGCGCCGGUCCGAUCCGGUUUGUCGUCAACGAGGAGGAGCUGGUGGCUGCCGUCAUGGACACCGCUCUUAAAUCUUACGCCCGCGAGGGCCGUCUUCCCGUCCUCGGCUCCAAUAUCAAUGAUUUCGUCCUCUAUUGCCCCAUCGCCGGAACCGAAGCUCUGAGUCCGUUGGAGACAAUUGGAUCGUUUGGGGUUAGAAAUUUCAUGUUGUGCAAGAAGCCUCAGCAGGUGGAGGCGGUUGGCGAUGGAAAGCCGGUGACGGUGGGAAUAACGAGGAAGAACUCCGGCAGCUGGAAAUCAUGGUUCAAUAAAUCACUCAGUCUUAAAGUUUCUUCUCAUUGAAUGGGGAAGUUGUCUUCUCUGAUUAGGUUUUCAAUUGUUAGUGGUUGAUUUCUCUGUUUUGGGAAUUUGAAUUUGAUUCCCCCCAUUGAAUAAAAGUCAUGAAAUUUCUUGCAUUGUUCUUUUUCAGUCCUAAUGAAAUAAAGGGUUUUGUUUAUUUCCCAAAUC